AUGGCAUCAGUGAAGAGAGAGGAGACGGAGAAGGUCAGCGACCUCAGAGUCGUGUUUGCGGGAAACGAACUGCAACGGAGCCGCGCGCUCGAGUUACAGUUUCCUCCGAUGUAUUCGCCCACGCUCGUCCCCGCCAUCCCUGAGGACGAGCGGGUCAACUCUAGCGGCCUGGACGCCCUGAUCGUCGUGAUCCGCCGCCUCGUCAGCCACAUAAGCGGGGAGUAUUCGGACCCCUCUAUCCCCGAGAUCGCGCAGCAGGAGCAAGCUAACCCGCUUCUCCGCUUGGCCAUGUCGCACUUCGACAAUGAGAGCCAGACAAACCUGGGAGUCGCGGGGUACCACGCCUUAAAGGCGUUCUACGGCGGCGAGAAGCUGAAGGCUCAUAAACUGACGUUUAUGGCCCUCUCAGAACAUCAGCUUAUGCUGAAGACGUUCUGGAGCCGCGAACGCUUCCUCCUCUACCAACCCACGUUCCUCUUCCGCAUGGGUGACCAGUACGAGUGGGACUUUUAUGACUACUCGGGGGAACCGGAGGAGCUCGCACGCCUCGCGGCUCGCUCUCUCGUCCGAUUCAAGACGGGGAAUCUCUCGGAGGCCGUCGAGAGACGUUUCAACCCCGGCAUGCUGCGCUGGAUGGCCUCGAACAUGCCGUCCGUGCUGCGCGUCCACUAUACCGUGGACAAGAGCGAACCCAAGACCAUGCACGAUCUCCAAGCGAUCACCGUGGACAUGAGACACAUGACGAAGGGCUCCCAAGGGUACGAGCUCGCGGAGAAGGGAUCGUGCUUGACCCAUUACGGUCUGAUAGCGGAAGUUCGCUUGUCGCGAGAUGGGAAGGAGAAGGAUACCGUUCGCACAUACGCGCACGGUGGGGAGGUCAUCUCCAUGCCGGCAGAGUUCCCGCCUACGCACAAGGAGUUGCUAGGGGAGCCCGGUGCCAGCUACCUCCUUUACUACGGCGCGCUCGCGAGCCCCAGAGUGCCGCGCGAGUACCGCAUCAAAGUACUCAAGAGGAACGAGAUGAGCGAGGCGAUAGACCGACAGUUCGCUGAUCUCGUUUCCGGAUCGCCUAGUGGGAACUCUGCUGUCAAAUCCGAACCGUAGGUGCCUCGAGGUUUCCCGUCUCUUAGACCGACGCGCGAUAAUGUCGCAGAUAAUCGAUAAUCGGCUCGGAAGGAAUAGGUGUGAGUAGGCG